UUGUGCUAAGAAGAGGUUGUAUAUAUUCAAUAGGGCGCCUUUGCAUAGGACAGAUUGCAGGCGUGGGUCACAAAACCUGUCGAACUAUCCAGGGUACAAAGGGUAGGCACUAAGAGUGACCAUAAUCAAUUGGUACCUGGACCUCAAUGUUUACAAAUCCCAAGAAAAUUUUGGUCACUUCGAAGGCUAGCGAUAUUUCAAGACGUCGGGCUACCGAUGAUAGAAAGCAGAGCAAGCCAUCUCCCGACACACAGUCCUUGAAACCCGCACCCGGGACCAUCUCUAAACCAUACAUUACUCCAAUCCUAAAACCGAAUCAAAAUCUUUAUCCACCGAACCCCCCUAUUGUUUGCGGGAACUAUCACGCCAAAGGCGUUGACUUUAGCAAUAGAGAAAGCAACCAGACUCACAUUCAAAGCAACAGCCAAAGCACCCAGCAAAGCGAACCCCCCAACACCGAGCACGGCGACCAAGACCUCGGCAAACCAGCCAGCAAAGCAGACGUAAACCCCAUCGACAAGCAACCCAGCACAAUCGACGGCGCAGCAAACCCCAAACCCGACCCAUACCCCGACUUCGAGAUCCCACAACCCACAAGCCAAUACACGUCCUACCCCGCUGCCGACCCCAGCCUACCUAGCAACUACUACUAUAACGCAGAGUACAACCACGAGCGCGCGCACAUGCUCGACCCCUACGCCUACACGCUCGGCUACGCCGCGCACGCCAGCAUGGCCGCCGCCACGGCCGCGCCGCCGUACACGCAAACCUACGCUUUCCCCUGGAGGCCAGGCUACGACUUCGGCCCUGAAAGCCUGAAUGUUGCGCACGGCGGCGUAGGAAACUACAACGACGUCGACGACUGGCUUGCUGCAUACGACGCAAGCCCCACCGCCGCUGCCGCCUCCCGCGCGAACGCAAGCACAACCACAACCACCAACGCAAACGUAAACGCACUCGCAAACGCAGCUACGCCCACACCCUCCCAGCCCAAACCCAAGCCAAAACCGGCCAGAAAGCCCCACGCGCGGCGCGCCAGAACCAGCAAAGCCACCAAAGCAAAGAUGGCACGCCGCCGCACCAUCAGCCCCAGCGACAGCGGUGCCACGGCAGCAGCAACAAAGACGGGGAAGCCGGGUAGAGAAGAGCCAGGCGUGGACAAAGGACACGAGUGGCUGCGGGCGCGGAAGCUGGGUCGGCAGGCAGAGAGGAGUUCCGGGGGAGUGGAAACCGGGGACUGGAUAUUUGUUGAUGAGGAUGAGAAGGCGGAGCGGGAGUGUGAUGCUGAGGUUAAGGGGUUUGAGAGGGAGGAGAGCGCGUUGAGGUGGAGGUGGUUUGGGGAAUAGGUUGGUUUGGCCUUGGUCUUAGACUUGGGCUUAGGCUUGACCUUCGUGCCCUGCUGGCUGGUGAGGAUUGGUAGACUUGUCCUACCUGUGUUUGGCGGAGAGUGUAGGGAGUGUUCACGCACUCCUUACUAUGACUCGUAGACCCUUUGCUUCUUUUGCAAUUUUGUUUGAGACCUGUUCUAGUACGCUUUAUAGAAAUUUUAACAAUACCCA